AUGUGUGCUUGAAUUUAAUGAUCCUCUUCUCUCUCUCUCUCUAAAAGUUAAUUAUCUUUGGAUUUGGUAGGUAGAUAAGAAUGGGAAUGGAAAUAGUGGUGGGUUGUAGUGUAUUAGUAGGUGUAUUAAUAGUGAAAUGGGUGAUUAGGAAUGUGAAUUGGUGGUUUUAUGAGAAGAAGCUGAGCAGCCACAUGAGGUCUCAACUGCCCCCUGGUGACUUGGGUUGGCCCCUCUUUGGCAACAUGUUCUCUUUUCUCAGAGCUUUCAAGUCUCCCAACCCUGAAUCCUUCCUAGCCAACUUUGUUCAAAGGUUCGGGCGCAGCGGUCUAUACAAGGCGCACAUGUUCGGCAACCCGAGCAUCAUCGUGACAAGUCCGGAAGCGUGCCGGAAAGUUCUCACCGACGACGACGCAUUCCAGCCCGGCUGGCCCGUUUCCACUCUCGAUCUCAUGGGGAGGAAGUCUUUUGCCAACGUAUUCGGCAACGACCACAAAUGGCAACGGAAGCUAACGGCCUCCCCCGUCAACGGCUCCGAGGCAUUGAGCCUCUACAUGAAAUACAUCGAAGAAAACGUCGUUGCAGCCCUCCACAGAUGGGCAGCCAUGGGGCGGAUCGAGUUCUUGACCGAGCUGCGCCGCCUUACUUUCAAGAUCAUCAUGCACAUCUUCCUCAGCUCCGAGGGCGACCACGUCAGGGAGGCGUUGGAGAAGGACUACACCCUGCUCAACUACGGAGUCAGGGCCAUGGCCAUCAACGUGCCCGGAUUCGCUUACUACCACGCGCUUAAGGCGCGAAAGAGUCUUGUCGCUGUACUGCAACGGGCGGUGACUAGGCGGAGGGCGCAGAGGAGGGAGAAUCCGUCGUGUCCGAAGAAGGACAUGAUGGAUAACCUUUUGGAAGCUGCAGAUGAGAAGGGUAGAAGAUUGGAUGAUGAAGAGAUCAUUGAUAUUUUGGUUAUGUAUCUGAAUGCUGGGCAUGAAUCUUCAGGGCACACAACUAUGUGGGCUGCUGUUUUCUUACAGCAGAAUCCUCAUAUGUUUGAGAAGGCUAAGGCUGAGCAAGAGGAAACUGUGAGAAACAGACCAGCUGGGCAGAAAGGUUUGACACUCAAAGAAAUAAGAAAAAUGGAUUAUCUCAAUAAGGUUAUCGAUGAAACGCUUCGCGUGGUCACCUUCUCGCUGACGGUCUUCAGAGAAGCAAAGAAAGAUGUCAAUGUCUGCGGCUACAUGAUUCCGAAGGGAUGGAAGGCUCUGGUGUGGUUCAGGAGCGUUCACUACGACCCUGAAACAUGGCCAGAGCCCAAGAAGUUUGAUCCUUCGAGAUGGGAUAAUUUCACACCGAAAGCUGGGAAUUUCAUGCCUUUUGGAAGUGGAAGCAGAUUGUGCCCUGGAAAUGAUCUAGCCAAGCUUGAAAUUGCCAUCUUCCUUCACUAUUUUCUUCUCAACUAUGAGCUGGAGCGCGAGAAUCCUGCUAGCCCGGUGAUGUACUUGCCGCAUACAAGGCCUAAAGACAACUGCCUAGGAAGGAUAAGAAGGGUGUCUUGAAUUUCUACUUCGAAUCUCCAACUACAAUAUAUCCUUCGUUUAAUCAAGGAUUAAUAGUAUUUUAUGUCCCGAUCUUUCACCGUUUUCCGUAAAAUGUCCCAAAUUUUCAAUUUCCCAUAAAAAAUCUCGAAUUUUCAAUUUUUUUUUCCCAUAAAAUAUCCCACUAUACAAAAUUCGGUGACGGAAAGAUGACUUAUCUCGCUGAAUCAAAUAUUUUGAGGACCGUCGUUGCUGGAAAAUCAUAUUAAGAACUACCAUUGUUGAAAAAUGUUAAAACUUCGAAGUUUUUUUUGUCAUCUUUUUGUCGUAGAAUUUUGUAUAACGGAAUAUUUUAUGGAAAAAACUAAAAGUUCGAAAUUUUUUAAGAGAAAAUGAAAGUUCGGAACAUUUUAUAGAAAAUGCUGAAAGUUUGGGACGUAAAAUACUAUUAACCAUUUAAUUAAUGUAGUUGGAGUGGAGACAACAGACCAUGGAGAGUUUAAAUGAUCGCAACGGGGAUAACUUGCCAAGCUACAACUCUAUUGUACAAUAAUUAGGUCGAGCUUGUGGAACUAUAUAUGAUUUUGAGUCGAUUGUACAAGAGCAAAAUUCACCAAGGGUCCACUUUUGUAUUUAGCUAUUCAUGAAAGGAGCCGACCAUAAUCGCAAUCUACACAAAAUA